UUAUUCGCAUCAUAGUGAUUUAUUGGGAAUUAAUUUGAUAAAAAAGACACCAUCACUUUCAAUUUAUUUAAAUUUCAGCAAGUUCUUUUCAAUCAAAAAUCAAAUGGGUAGUUUUCCAAAGGGAAGCAAGGUUACUGUUUUGAGUAUUGAUGGAGGUGGCAUUAGGGGCAUAAUUCCUGGCACUCUCUUGGACUUUCUUGAAUCCAAACUUCAGGCGUUGGAUGGACCAAAUGCAAGACUUGCAGAUUAUUUCGACGUUAUUGCUGGAACAAGCACAGGUGGGUUGGUGACCACCAUGCUUGCUGCUCCAAACAAAGAUAACCGACCCUUGUAUGCGGCAAAAGACAUCAACAACUUCUACUUAGAACACUGCCCCAAGAUUUUUCCUCAGAAAAAUCGGAACAGUUUCCUGACAAAGAUAACAAGUUUCUUGAGCUCGGGACCAAAAUACGACGGCAAGUACCUGCAUUCGCUAACAAAGAACCUGGUCGGCAACCUCACUGUUAAACAGACCCUUACAAAUGUUCUCAUUCCUACUUUCGAUAUCAAACGCCUCCAGCCUGUGAUUUUCACUUCCAACGAGGCAAAAAGAAAUCCAGCAAAAGAUGCUCUGCUUUCAGAUGUCUGCAUCGGAACCUCGGCAGCUCCGACUUUUCUUCCCGCAUACUACUUCGAGACCAAAGACAUUCACGGAAAGCCUCACACUUUCGAUCUCAUCGACGGUGGAGUCGCCGCAAAUAAUCCGACAAUGAUGGCGAUCAGCGAAAUUUCGAAGGAAAUUACGAUGAACUACAGCACACAAUUCCCAGACUUGGCGCCGAUGGACAGCAAAAGAAUGCUGGUAUUAUCAUUGGGAACUGGAGCACCGAAGCUUGAGGAGAAAUUCAACGCAAAGAAGGCUGCCGAAUGGGGUUUGCUUGGUUGGCUGUUUGAUGAAGGAAAGACACCCAUUUUAGACGUUUACUUCGAUGCAAGCUCUGAUAUGGUCGAUAUCCAUGUCUCCACUCUCUUCCAGUCCUUCAACAGCAAGAAAAAUUACCUCCGUAUUCAGGAUGACACGUUGACCGGUGAUGAUGCGUCACUUGACAUUGCGACGGAGAAGAAUCUAAAAAGGCUUGUGGAGAUUGGUGAGACACUGUUGAAGAAACCGGUUUCGAGGGUAAAUUUGGAAACUGGCAAAUAUGAGGCAAUUGAAGGAGAAGGCACUAAUGCUGAAGCUCUUGCCCGUUUUGCCCAACAACUCUCCGAAGAAAGGAAACUCAGACAAUAAUAAUAAUAAAAAACAAAAAAAAAUAAAAAAUAAAAAAUAAAAAAAUGAAAUGUUUUGAUUGAUUGCCACUUCUCGUUGUUUCUUUUACGUUGCUUUUCAAAUCUUGAAGAUUGAAGUCGUGCGUUGACGCCUUGUAUUGUUUUUGGUUAUCGAUUAAUGUAUAAUUUAUUUUAGCUAUAUACUUUAAGAUUUGUUUA